UUUUUUUGUCUUUGAAUUUUUUUUUUAUCGUCGAUUGAUUUUUGUUUUUUUUUCAUUUUCAUUUUUUGCCAUCCAAUCUAACAAUAAUCUACAAUCUGAUCAAUUCUCACCCAUGUGUUUGUUAUAUAUGUUUCCAUGGCCGUUUUUUUUUUACUCCAGUUGCUCUGACAAACACACACACACACACACAGGAAAAAAAAUAACGUUCAUUUCGUCAUCGUUUAUUGAAUUUCAUCAUAAUCAUCUUAUGACGACGAAUUUGGCCGAUUAAAACCAUUGAACUAUUUCCAUUAUUCUCAAUUGCGAUCACUGUGUCAAAAAAAAAAUGUCCAUCGCCGCCUAUUACAUCGAUGAUCCUGUUGAUUAUCGAAAAAAAUAUUCGUCACCAUCAUCAAAUUUUGUGAAACAGAUAAUAUUAGCUGAUAGAAGCAAAAUGUAUCCACAAUCUUCAUAUCAUUCGCCAAAAAUUGUGAUGUCAAAUCGAAAACGAAUUUGGUCCUUAUAUUCAUCAUCGAUAUCAUUAUUAUUUUGUUCAUUAUUCUUAUUAUUAUUAUCAUCAAAUAAUGUUGAGUCAUCGCCCAUGUUCCGAAAGGUUCCAAGUCCCGUCUAUUAUAUGCUACAAGGAUCAGACCUUGAAUUAAAUUGCGUUACAGAACGUAUCGUUAAUGUAUCAUGUUUUUGGACUCGAAAUCACAAAAUUAUUCCUCCACUACCGGGAAAAUAUAAUUAUGCACAACGUUCAUCAUCGGGUGAUUGUAGUAUGACCAUAUCACGGCUUGAAUAUCCAGCUGAUAAUGCACAAUGGAUAUGUCAAGUAUAUCCAGAUGAAUCUGAACAAGAACCCCCCAAAACACAAGUGAUUGUAAUGGUUCAGCCAAAUCAACCAAAUAUUACAUUCGAUAAUUUUACCGAAUCACCGAUUGCUGAUCAAGUGACAAGCAUUUCAUGUUUGUCUGCUAAUGGAAAUCCACUACCACGUAUUGAAUGGUAUCUGGAUGAUAUCAACAUUACACAAUAUGCAAAAGAAAUUGCAAAAGAUCGUACAAUCAAAUCAACAUUACGUUAUGUAUUCAAGAAAAAAGAUAAAGGUAGCCGUCUACAAUGUAUAUCAUUCCAUCAAACCGGUCAACAGGUUGUGCCGAAAAUUUUAAAUGUACAAUAUAAACCAUACGUAACGGUAAAGGAGAAAACAUAUACUGCAUAUGAAGGAAAAGAUUUAGAAAUCGAAUGCCAUGUUGAAGCGAAUCCGGAAGCAAAUAUCUAUUGGAAGCCAAGAUCGGAAAAAAUCAACGAAACUAAAUAUAAAGUAUUGGGCAAUAAAUUAUUAUUACGAAACAUUGAUUAUACAUUUGACGGUGAAGAAUUUCAAUGUUCAGCACAGAAUACCAUUGGACCUUCGAAAACGGAAUCAGUUAAAUUGAAUGUUUUAUAUCCACCUCGAUUAGUGAGUAUCGAUUUUCCUCGUAAAAACAUAACCGUUGGCGAUGAUAUGCAAUUCGAAUGUACAUUUGUUGGCAAUCCUGCACCGAAAAUCCGUUGGUGUUUCACUGAUGCAAUUCAUAAUAAUCUUUAUUAUCCAAAAGCAUCGGAUGAUAAUCCCGGUGUAUUGAUCAUUAGGAAUGCCAGUUAUCUAAAUGAAGGAUCCUAUUAUUGUCAAGGCAUUAAUUACAAUUGGAUUCUAAACAAGGAAAACAUGGUUCCAAGUAGUCAGUUUGCUGUCAACAUUGUUGGCCGUCCAUUGUUCAUCAAUGACAAAAAAACUGUCACCGGUUAUCGUGGUUUGGAUACAAAAGUUGAACAAAGUUUCUGUAGUGAUCCACCUCCGGAUCAAGUUUAUUGGAUUUAUGGUUCGAAUCGUAUCCCGGUCAAUCUUGAAAUUGGUAAAGAUGAUUCACUUCGUCCACAUCAUAAUCAAAUCGAUAAUUUUCAUAUUAAAACGGGACGUUUAAUCAAAAUCGAUUCAUUAUCACCGAAUCCAACCUGUUUUCGUGUUGCCUUAAUGGUCGCCUAUACUGGCACAGAUGACAUUCGUGAUUAUAUGCUCGUUGUGCAUAACAAAUAUGGCAAAAGUGAAGGCAUCGUUACGCUUCAGGUCAACUCUCCAUUAUCCAUUGCAGCAGUGAUUGCAUUUUCAUUAAUAGUAUUAGUCAUUGUAUUGGCCAUUACUAUUGGUAUCAUCUUAUUACGACGCAAACCGUCAAAAUCAUCAGGAUCAUCCUCAUUAUCAUCAUCUACAACAUCGUCUACGAAUAAACAACGGAUAGAUGAUCAUCAUCCUGUCGAAAUUGUCGACAACAAAUAUGAAGUUCAAGGUAACAAUUUAUGGUAGUUAUUAAAACAUUUAGUCAUUUAUACUAUAUUGCCAAACAAUGAUUCAUAUGAUGGUGGCAAUAAAGAUAGCCUAAAAAAACAUCAUGGCAAAAAAACGAAUGGCCAUUAAAUAAAAAUUGC